CCGGAGCAGCCCUUCGCCGUCCGCUUCCUUCGCCGCUCGUUGCCCGCCGCCGUUGUCACCGCCGUUCGUGCGAGCAGCCGCGCGUCCGCUCACCGUCGCCCUCUCUCCUCCAUCUCGGGUUCUUGCUCGAAGACCCAUCAGAUCUGAGCUUGUCGAAGAAGCUACAGCCAUGGCCGUCGCUGGUUGCCCGUUCACCGGAGCUCGCCGUCGCUGCCCGUCCGCCCGCGCUUGGCCGACGCCCAGCCCUCUCCGUGGCCUCUGCUCGUGCGUCCCGGGGGCUGUUCGGCCAGCUCAGGCCGCGAUUCAGUCACCUCCGGCCACCGUGAGUCCCGCCGGAGCCGCCGCCUCGCCCGCCAAGCUGCAGUCGCAGCUUCUCCGCCGUUCCUCCGCCCAUUCCGGCGCUGGAUCCGCCUCCUCCAGCCCCAAAUCAGUGGCUGCAAAAAUGGGUCCCUGGUGGAUGGAGCGGCCAGAUAGCUUUGGUUGGUCUUGAGGAGUUGUA